AUGUUCGAACACAUGACGGCAGCUGCAGCCACAGGCAUCGCAACCACCCUGGGCACAAGCGGAAUCGCCCAUGUUUUCAGGGCUGCAGUCGGCCUCGGUGGAGCAGGAUUUCCAGUCACCGUUUCCUCCGUCGUGGGCCAGCCAGCACCAUUCUCCUCCGUUGGCGCACUUCUGCCAGCACCAGCCCUUCUCGGAGCAUCCGUAGGGGGCACGAUCAUAGCAGGCCUGGGUGUCGCGAGCAAGGACGUUACCAGGGUUGGAUCCCGCGUUCUGUCCUGUGGCGGCAGAGAAGAUGGGGCUGGCGAAAGCAGCGAGGGCAAAGAGGCUGAGGUUCAUCUUCAUUUUAGCGGGUCUAGGCUUCUGUCAGUUACAUUUCAGCCUUUGGAUGGAUCAAAAGGUAUGCUCACUGGAUGA